AUGGCACUCUUAGCCUCGCUCGCCGUUGGCUUCGUAGCCUUUAUCCACGUCUACAUUCUUGUCCUCGAAAUGUUUCUCUGGGCCACCCCUCGCGGCCUCAAAGCCUUUGGCCUUUCAAAAGAUUUAGCCAUCAAAACGAAAGCUCUUGCCGCGAAUCAGGGCCUCUACAACGGCUUCCUGUCCGUCGGACUCGUGUGGGGCUUACAGCAUCCGGUUCCAGAAUUUGGGAAACAGAUCCAGUUAUUCUUCUUGGCUUUUGUUGCAACCGCGGGGAUAUUUGGAGCUGCUACGGCGAAGGCUAAGAUUCUUUUCGUGCAGACUGUUCCGGCUACUCUCGCGAUUGGAGUGGUCUUUUGGGAGAUCGACGAAAGGUGUGGUCUUGGCCCAUGGGCUAUGACAUGUGACACUUGCGAGGAGAUUUUGCAUAUGAUUGCCAAUGAUAGAGAUAGGGGGUUUCAUCUCUUAGGAAAAGAGAUGGUUGAUAGAAGCAAAUUCUGGUCACGUGGAUAA